AUGGAAAGUUAUAUUAAUAGUUCUGAUAAAACUAAUAAUUAUGAUGAAAUAAAAAAUGUGAAUAUAUCUGAUCAUAAUGAAUUAUACAAAAAAAAUGUCAAAAAGGAGACACAAUUUUCAAAUGAUGAAUAUCUUAUAAAAUUUAGAGAAGAGAAAAAAUUUAAUGAUAUUAAUAAAAAUGAGGAGAAUAAUACAAAUAAGCUUUCACAAAAUUACGAUAAUGAUGAAGUAAAUAUAAAUAAUUAUUAUGAUGGGAAUUAUCAAAUAGAUGAAAUGAAUGAAGGGCCUAAUGCUAUUAUAAAUAGUGUGAACGAAGUAAUGAAUGAUGAUAAAAGUGAUAGUACCUAUGAAACAAUGGAAAGUGGAGAAAGGAAAAGACAUAAAAGAAGUAAACAUAGGCACAUAGAUAAAGAUAGAAGUAGCGAUAGAAAUAGAGAUAAACGUAGAAAAAGAAAUAGAAGUAGAGGAAGAAGUAGGGAUAGAAGUAGGGGAAGGAGUAGGGAUAGAAGUAGAGGAAGAAGUAGGGGUAGAAGUAGAGGAAGAAGUAAGGAUAGAAAUAAAGGAAGAAGUAGGGAUAGAAGCAGAUACAGAAAUAGAUAUAGAAGUAAGGAUAGAAGUAGAGAUAGAAAAAGAGACAAACACAAAAGUAGGAGUAGAGAAAGAAGCAGAGAUAAUCAUAGACAUAGGAGAAGAGAUAGAGAGAGAAAUAUAGAUAGGCAUAGGUAUAAACAUAAAGAAAGAAGUGCAGAUAGAUAUAGAAAAAGAAGUAGAAGUAAAGAUAGAAGUAAUGAUAGACUUAAGAGUAGAAGAAGAAUUUCAAGUAAUAGGUAUGAAAGGACUAGUAGUAGUAGGGAUAGUGUUAGUUACAGUGAUUAUGAAAAAAGCGAUGAAAAAGGAAAAAAUAAUAAUUCAUUCUAUAGUAAUGAAGGAAAAGAUGAUGCAAAAAGAAGUGUGAAUAAUAAUUCAAUUGAUAAAGUAAAGGAUGAGAAUACAGAAUUUGAUGAUACAAAGAAUAAGAAUAAAGUUAAUACAAAAUUAAAUGAAGUAAAUAAUUUUUAUAGAGAACAAAUAGAAAUAAAUAAAUCUGAAAAAGAACUAAACACAAAUAACACUAAUUUAAAUAAUAAUCAUAUAAAUAAUAAUUAUAAUCAAAAUGAACAUGAUUUUAAUUCAAAAGAAAAAAAUACAAUAUCAUAUACAGAUAAAAAAAAUUAUGAUGCUUUAUCCUCUGAACGUGACAAAGAAGAAAUAUCUGAAAGUGAAAUGAUUAAAAAAAUUAUAGGAAUUAGCCAAUUUGAUACAACUGAAAAUAAAUGCCACAGUAAAACCGAUUUAUCAGGAAUAAAUAGAAGAACAAAAAGAAAAUAUAGACAAUAUAUGAACCGAAGAGGAGGAUUUAAUAGACCAUUGUCACCUUCGUUCUAA